AUGGGCAAGCUGAUGGAGGUGGUGGUCCCUGCUUCGCCGCACUGUGGUAUCAGCCGCCGUGGUGGACUAACGUGCUUCUCACUCCCGCCUCACGAUCGCCGACUCCCUCUCUCUCGCUCACUUCUCCACACACGAUCACCGCUCUCUUCCCCUCAGCGCCUGGCGAGCCGUGGAGAGCGUCGCCCUGCCUCCCUCUGCUCCUCUCAACGCAAGGAGGAAGGUCCCCGGACUCCAUUCUACUGGUGCCUGAGGGAGCGAGGAGUCCAAUCACACAAGUUCAGCCGCGGCAGGACUGGGGGGCUUCAUCAUGAGACUCGAACUUGCGUCAAUCUCCAGGCGGUGCUGCAUCGUUCCCUGCUCGGCCUUAAAAGUGUGUGCUGCGGAGAGAGCCCCGCGCCCUUGGCCCUCACCACUCCUUUAAGCCCCUUGCCGUCACGCCCACACGCAGGGACGAGCCGUCACUGGUGGAAUUACGACAGGAAUCAACGUUACAUAUCUUCCUCUCUGGGGUACGAAUGUUUGAUGAGCAAAGAACUGCCUGCAGAUGUAAAGAGGUGAUGUGGUCUUUCCCAGUGCCAAGGCUACGCGUGUGUUUUACCGUGUCGUAAACUGCCUGGCGUUUUGAAGGGAUUAAACUCGACAUCCCGCUCAGGUGACGAGUGGCGAGUGAGUUUGCAGUGAAGCGUUACAGUGAAGCCUUCUACCCUUACUUGUGGCAAAUAGUGGAGAAGUGAACUGUGAAAAGUAAAACCAAGUGACAGUGACAGUGACACGAAGCAGUGAAGAAGUGGACAGCGGUAAGCGAGAUUAAGUUGUUAGUGUACAGUGGGUGACGAAUAGUGAGGCCGAGAGUGACUGAGCAACACCAAGACGGAGAAGUGGAUGGAGAAGUUUGCGCCAACCUGCCUGUGAUCCUUCCAAAUACAGGGAGGUAAAGUUAAGACCUUGCAUUCUCCGGGGAAAUCUGUCAACGGGCAAACUUUGGGUCGCUCUGAACGCAGCCCUAAAAUAACGACACAAACACUGAAACCCAACACAGUAAACAGUUUCCACCACCAGAGACAGCACAGAGAGACGAAGAAACAAAUGAGAAACAAAAGACGCAGGAGAUCUCGCAGUAAAGACAAACAGGCAAAAAAAAAACAACCAAGCAGAGUAAACAACAACAGAAGAGGAAUUACAGGAAGGGAAACAAAUGACAAACAAAAAAGCGCAGUAGAUCGAGGACAAAUAAUUAACAGGCCACAAAGAAGAAAACUAAAACAAGUAAAUACAUCAGGAAAAAGAAAUAGAUAAAAACGAACAAGAGAAGAAGAAGGAAAAGAAAAUAAGGGUCAGGAUCAGCCAUAAGACAGGAGUAGCUUCGAAAAUUUUAUCCUUCUCAGACAUCAAACCUUUGAAAUCUGUGGCCGAACAACAAGAAGUAUUUUGACAGAAUUCAAUUAUUUUCUGACUUGUUGUUGUUGGUGUGUGUUGGUGAGUGUGUUAGUGUGUGUGUUGAUGGUGAUAGCAGUGGCCAGCGGAAACGAGAGAGAAAGAGAAGAGGAGAUAGAACCAAUAAUCUCUUAAAUUAAUGAAUGAAUACGUUUAAAUAAAGGGGAAAACGGUAGAAAUAUAAAAGAAAGGAAAGUAAAGAGAUAAUCAAGGAACGAGACUAAAAACACAAAGGAAUAGAAAGGAGAAAAGUGAGAUAAACCAAGAAUAAAAUCUAACAAAGACAGAUACAGAGAGGAAA